AUGACCAACCGAGACCCUGAAUUUCGGCAUCAGCUGGGGAAAUUCCGGCUGGAUUCGUCUCUGCCGCCUCCGCAUUCCGUCUCCUCUCCUCCGUUAUCGCGACAUCCUCACCCUCCCCCGCAGGAACCGUCGCCGACCGCACUCAACCCGCCCUCCCCCCUCCACGUCCCCGGUCCCCAUCGCAGCAAGCGCGUCUCCACGGCCUGCGACUUCUGUCGCAAGCGGAAGAAGAAAUGUGAUUUUCGCUAUCCCAAUUGUUCCGCCUGUACACGGGCCGGCGUCCGCUGCACGAUCCCGCCUCCGGGACCGCAGGUCGCUAACGCGUCCGUGCCCCGCGACCAGCUUGAAAAUCUACAGAAUCGGGUCCGAUGGCUGGAGGACAUGGUGCGCCGCCAGACGGGCGUCUCGGUAGCCAACCGGCCCACGGGGAGCGCGCUCGACGGUGCCGGGGAGGGCGACGCCGACGGAUGGUAUCAGGUCCCGGCGAUUAUGAUGACGCGCGGCGCCUCUCCCCGUCCAGCCACGGCUAAUGCGGCCGCGGCCGCAGUCGCCGCAUCGGCUUCGAGUCCGACGGGGGCCACCAGCCCAUCGGCGGCUGCAGCUCCCGAGCUGCCUAACGUUGGGGAGAUCUUUCGCGACCAGCUGGAGCAUCGUCGGCCGUCGGUCGCGCGGCCAGUUUCGUCUUCCCCGCGCGUCGUGCGCCUGCCCUCGCUGGCGGAGGCGGAGCGCGUGUCCGCGCAGUACUUCGACAGCAUGGGAUACCAGUACCCAUUUCUGGACCGGUCCGAGUUCAUGGGGCAUCUGCGUCGCAUCUACGCGGGGGAGACGCCCGGGCCCGAGGUGGUCUACAGCUACCACAUCACCAUCGCCAUCGCCCUGUUGAUCAAGUCGGCGGACGAGACGCAGACCGCCAACUUCUACCGCGCCAGUCAGGAAACGCUCUCGUUGGCGCUGCAGAACGAAGAUCUGGCCGCAGUGCGGGCGCUGCUGAGCCUGGGGCUCUACACCAUGUUCGCAACGACGGGGCCGAGUGUGUGGCAUGUCCUGGGAUCGGCCCUGCGGCUCGCUACAAGCCUGGGGCUGCAUCGCUCUCGGCCGGGGAUGAACCUGGUGGACGAGGAGAUGUCGAAACGCGCGUUUUGGAGUUUGUACAACCUGGAUCGGCUGAUCGCCAGCACCCUGGGUCGGCCGUUGGGUAUCGCGGACGACGACAUCAGCGUGGCAUUGCCGCGGGAGCUCAACGAGGAUUGGACGGAGGCCCCAGGCACCAGUCCUAUGACUAUUCCGCUGCAGGUCGUGCGGUUGCGACGCAUCUUCUCGCGCAUUUAUCGCUACCUGUAUAACAACCAGCCGCCUCCGCCGGCGUCUGAGGCUGUGACGAUGCUGCGACACUUCCGCCAAGAGCUGGACGAUUGGAGGCGCGCGGCCCCCGUCUAUCCGCCGGCACUUCUGUACUCGACCAGCUACUACGAUUACCUGUACGCGACGACCCUGCUGCUAAUGCACCGGCCCAGUCCACGGAACCCGAUGCCGGAUUCGACCAGCAUCGUAGGCUGCGGCGACGCCAGCAUACAGGUGAUCCGAUCGUACUGGGACAGCUUUUCGGUAGGGAAGAUCAAGUGGAUCUGGUUGACGCUGAGCCAGACGUAUUUCGCGGGGAUCACCAUCCUGUGGUGUCUGAAUCAGAACUUCCGUACCGUGCAGGCCGGACAGCCUGCGGUGUGGAAGCCCGACGACCAGACGAUCCGCCGCGCGACGCAGGCGGUCGUCGUGCUGUUAGAGGAGUUUAGCAAACGACGGCCUGGGGUGGAACGACUGGCGGAGACUUUCCGGCAGCAGAGCACGAUGCUGUUCAGUCAUCUGGCGUAUCAACAGGAGCAACAACAAGAGAUUUUCCAACAGCAACACCACCAGCAUCCACCCCAACAACAGCACCUGCAUCCACCCCAGCAACAACAGAUGCCACCCCCACCACCACCAUCCUCGUCCCUUUCUCACACCCAGUCGCCGUUACAUCCCGACUCGCAGCCGCACAUGCUGGUCGCACCGCCGGUGCCGCUGGCGCCGGUACUGGACGAGGUGUUACUGGUGGAUGGAUCAGGGACGAUGCCGGUGAUGGAUCCGCAGCUGGCGGAACAAUUGUUUUAUUCGUACGAUUGGUUUCAGGAGGAGAUGGCGACUUAUUAUACCCUGUGA